AUGCAUCUCCCAGUCGAUCCACAGUUGACACUUCCUGACCUACUGGUGAUGAAAGAGCUGCUCAGUCAAAACGAAUUAGAUCAUGAGCACAUUAGCAGCAGUAAAGACACCGUUCAGAGGCUGAAGUCUCUCAAUGACCCCUCUGACGCCAAUUUCGACCCCACGGUCUUCCAAUUUUGGGAGACACAUCUGCUGCGGGAGAAGCUGCCCCAUCCCAUCCGACAGUACAUAUUGGAGCCGUAUAUUCGCUGGGCACAGCGUAUAGUGCGCUUUCCAACCGAUGUGGUGAUGCUCACGCACCUCCUACUUUACCUCACCACCUCCAUCCCCAGCGCGCUGUGCCUCUACCGCUACCACUUUAGUUGGAUCCAUGGCCUUCUCCACUGGAUCGUGCACGUAUGGUAUGCGGGCAGCUACACGCUCAUGAAGCAUCAGUACGUGCACAUGAACGGCGUCUUGGCACCUAGAUAUCGCCUCAUCGACCUCCUCUUUCCAUACAUCGUUGAUCCAUUGGUGGGUCACACGUGGAAUUCAUACUACUACCACCACAUCAAGAUGCACCAUGUCGAGGGCAAUGGGCCCUUGGAUCUCAACUCCACCAUGUGGUACGAUCGAGACUCCAUCGCCGAUUUCGCUCGCUAUGUGGGCCGGUUCUUUUUUUUCGUCUCGCUGGAGCUGCCGCUGUACUUUCUUCGAAAGGGCAAGUAUUCCACUUCGCUGAAGACCGCUUUCUGGGAGUUCAGUAACUACCUGGCCAUUUUUCUGCUGUACCGCUACGGUCAUGCACAGGCCACGAUCUGCGUCUUUCUUUUACCCCUUUGGACACUCCGUGCGGGACUAAUGGCAGGUAACUGGGGCCAGCACGCCUUUGUGGAUCCCCAUGACCCCUCAUCGGAUUUCCGAUCUAGCAUCACCUUGAUCGAUGUCGCCAGUAAUCGCUUCUGCUUUAACGACGGUUAUCACACAUCACACCAUCUGCAUCCCCGGCGCCAUUGGAGGGAACAUCCAGUGGCGUUUUUGCGGGACCAGGAACGCUAUUCGGACGAGCGGGCGCUGGUGUUUCACAAUGUGGAUUACCUCAUGCUGACCUUGAACCUUCUGCGGAAGAACUAUACACACCUCGCCCAAUGCAUGAUCCCAGUUGGCGCUGAGCAGAGAGCGAUGAGUCUUAAGGAGCGCGCAGAAUUGUUGCGCAGUCGGACCCGAAGAUUUCCCGACCAGGUUUUGGAACGGAACGGCGCAUCUAAGCGGCGGUAA